UUGAAAAGUCACCCACACUGUAGUUUAUUCUUUCUUCCUCACACAAUCCAUCGUAGUGGGAUCAGCCUGAUUCCAAUCAUUUAGCCAAGCCCAAAUUUGAGUCCAUUUCAUAGAGCAACCAGAUCUGUGACAAACUGCCAAUUAAGCAUUAACAAUAGGCUUCCGAAGCAGGUCCAUGAUAUUAGAAAUCAGCCCCACGCUGAUCGGCCAGCGUAAAUCAAAUACUGCAUCUGAUAGUCCAUUGCCGUUCAGAGAUGUUUCUUUUUCAUUUUUUGGAGAGACUCCUUCAACAUUUUUGCAUAUCAAGCACUCUCAGCAGCUCCCCAAACCAUGAUGAUAUUGCUUCUUAUCCUUUUAGCUCUCCCUCUCUUCCUCUUGUUUCUUCUUCGAAACCAAAGAAGAGCGCCCCUUCCACCAGGUCCUCCAGGGCUGCCCUUCAUUGGAAACUUGCUCCAGCUUGAUAAAACAGCUCCUCAUCUCUACCUAUGGCGACUUUCUAAACUAUAUGGCCCCCUCAUGUUCUUGCGCCUUGGUUUCGUGCCAACCCUAGUUGUUUCUUCGGCAAGAAUGGCAAAAGAGGUCAUGAAAACACAUGAUCUUGAAUUUUCUGGUAGGCCUUCCUUGCUUGGUCAGCAGAAGUUAUUCUACAAUGGCCUCGGUUUGACCUUUACCCCAUAUAAUGAUUAUUGGAGAGAAAUGAGGAAGAUUUGUGUCCUCCAUCUUUUCAACUCUAAAAGGGUGCAAUCCUUUCGUUACAUACGGGAAGAUGAGGUUCUGGAAAUGAUUAAAAAGAUUUCCAAGUUUGCUUCUGCUUCCAAGCUCACCAACUUAAGCGAGAUCUUAAUUCCUCUCACAAGCACCAUAAUCUGCAGGGUUGCGUUCGGUAAGAGGUACGAUGAUGAAGGAUGUGAAAGAAGUAGAUUUCAUGAACUCUUAGGUGGAAUUCAGACCAUGGCGAUAGCCUUCUUUUUCUCGGACUAUUUUCCUUUAAUGAGCUGGGUCGACAAACUCACAGGCAUGAUUUCUAGGCUCGAGAAAGUUUCCGAGGAAUUGGAUUUGUUUUGUCAAAAAAUCAUUGAUGAGCACCUGGAUCCAAAUAAACCAAUGCCUGAGCAGGAAGACAUCACUGAUAUCUUGCUUAGACUGCAGAAGGAUCGUUCGUUUACAGUUGAUCUCACUUGGGAUCACAUUAAAGCUAUCCUCAUGGACAUAUUUAUCGCAGGAACAGAUACAAGUGCGGCCACUCUGGUUUGGGCGAUGACAGAACUAAUGAAGAAUCCCAUAGUGAUGAAGAAAGCACAAGAAGUACUCAGAAAUUUAAUCGGAAAGAAGGGAUUUGUGGAUGAAGAUGAUCUUCAGAAGCUUUCUUAUCUCAAAGCACUAGUGAAGGAGACGAUGAGAUUGCAUCCUGCAGCUCCAUUGCUGGUCCCGCGAGAAACACGUGAAAAGUGUGUGAUAGAUGGGUAUGAGAUAGCACCCAAAACCCUCGUGUUUGUGAAUGCAUGGGCCAUUGGAAGAGAUCCUGAGUUCUGGGAAAACCCAGAAGAGUUCAUGCCUGAGAGAUUCUUGGGUUCUUCCAUAGACUUCAAAGGACAGGAUUACCAAUUCAUACCUUUUGGAGGAGGACGAAGAGCUUGCCCAGGGUCACUGCUAGGAGUUGUGAUGGUGGAGCUGACACUAGCUAAUCUUCUUUACUCAUUCGACUGGGAAAUGCCUGCUGGGAUGAACAAGGAAGACAUAGACACCGACGUCAAACCUGGUAUCACAGUGCACAAGAAGAAUGCUCUUUGCCUGUUGGCUAGGAGCCACACCUGAUGAAUAGGCAUGUAAAUAAAUAUGCAUAUCUUUUUUUUUAUAUUUGAUGUAAAAAUGGAAGGCAAAAGCUCAUAUUACUAAGUUAAUUUGAAGUCUAUGUUGGAGGCAUCCUAUAAAA